GGCUAUGCCAGAGUACUUGAAUCUGCAGACCCAGACACCAACCCUGAACCUGGACCCCCUAAGUGAGCAGUAUGGACCCAGUUGUGAAGAUCAGGCAGGGAUAACGGCUUGCAAUCGGAGCCUGUUAAGAGGUCAGGCAGAUACUCAGUGGCAUUGCUGACAGAUGAGAGGACGGAAACAGGGCUUCCAGGUAUGGCCAUGUUUAAAAGGGUGGCAAGGUUGGUGGAGCACUUUGGUUGGUAGGUAGGUACAUUUAGUGUCUCUAUCCACACAUGCACCAUGCAUAGCUAUUUCAGUGCAGAACUGCAACAGUCAGUAAUAUGGUGAACACUAUGAUUCAUCUGCUCCACAAGGUGCUGUUGUUCUCAUCUCAGGGCUUCAGGUACUGACACUGUCAGAAAGGCUGACAAAGCGUUACUUGAUCAUAGUACAUGAUGCAAGUGUACCCUUCGACGUGCGUAUGAGACGGCCUGAAGCACAACUAGCUAGCUAUGUUAGUAUAAAAGGCGUUGACAGCUUCCCAAAGCUGAUGAAUCAAAUGAGAUUUAUUUUCUGUUUCAAUUUACAAUUUGCUUUGAUAUUCUGUACAUCUUGAGCAAAAAAACAUCAAACUGUAUUUUUAAAAUAUAACCCUCAUUUUUACAUGUGUCAACAUUAAAUGAUAAGGCACAGGUGCAUUUAGCAGCAAUUUAUGCUAAAAAUCAAUGGAAAGCUGACAACUUACACACUUUUCAUCUUGACUUUCCUCCUCAUGUCUGGAUCGGUUUUCAUAAAUAUCACACACAAGUACACAUGAAUAACCUUUACAGUAUUUUUUUUUAAGAACUUUACCAGAAAAUAAAAUAAAGGCACAAGUAAAUAGACAGUUAAACAUUGUCUUAUGUAUUUUUUAUUUAAAGGUUUAGAUGCCUUUGGCCAGAAACUUGACACUUUAACUAAGUACGUACAAGUUACUUAAGUUACAGCUCUUGUCAGUCUUAAUUGUACAUUUACUUGGAACAUCGUCUGCUGCAGGGCCAUCCUCAAGUCCAACGCAUUUGAGAUGAACUUAUGGACCCUACGGUUUUCAUUGUCACAUGUCACCUUUGACACUAAAGUGUUUUCAGUUUCUUUGAACAGAGCUCUUUAUCUCUGUUACUGCCCUCCCUUCCAUUGUUUUUCUGUAUCGUUUUUCGAGGCAAAGGUUUUGUUGCUCACUGAUGCUAACGAGGCUUGAGUGAAGUGUCUUGCAGUGAGCUGAAAAACUGUCAUGCCUUCGUCAGUCAUGCCGUCCAAAACUAAGGGUUUGGUUCUUUGUAAACAGUCUUUGAGUGUCUAAACCACAAAAUCACAGUAAUUAAUGUCUGUCACAAAUUUUUGUGUUUGGACCUGUGUGUAAUAUUUGUAACUGUGUAAUUUUACCUCCCCAUCAACAAACAAGGGCACUUGACUUCAACACAACCUUUCCCACAGCAAGUGCAACUCACUGUGCCAUUUGGUGAUGCUCCCACUUGGGAGAAAUCUGGGUUCUUAAAAAACCAACAUGUUGCAACUUCGUGGCCAUUGUGUAUUCUCGUUUUUUCCGACAUUUGUUCUCAAUGCCUGUUCUCACAUGUUAUGCUCCAAUUGACAUCGGCUGUGCUACAGUUGCUGUCCUUAGAUAACAAACCCUUUUAACAGUUGACAGAGCCUGUGUCUUUAUCAGUAGCAUAAACAGCAUGCAUAUUCAAGGCCCUGCCUGCUCGAGCAGCAAACCAUAAUGAUUUCUGCUGUUUCCGUGUCCUCUUUUCAAUCUCUUCAGCCUGAGCCUCUGAAACAUCAGCGUGUUUUUACAGUGCCUGGCAGUGCUGUUCCAAUACUGAUAAAUCACAUCCAUCAAGCCUGGUGUCAUUGUAGACAGUCGAGGGGUUUCAACUAUGUGACAGGCUGCACAGGAUCUCUGAACUCCUCACAGUAAUCUGGCAGUACACUCAGUAUAACAGACUUGCCACCUGUUUUAUGAAGAUCAGUGUAAAACUGUCUUCGCUCUGAAUGUGUAGGCGAUAGUGUAGGGAUCGUCUUGGUACAAGUCCUCAAUAACAAAUUGUUUUUUAUUGAAAAUGAUCAAUCCCCCUGCUUAUGACUCUUUAAAAUAACAUAGCUGAAAAUUUUGCAUUUUGUUUGGUUUAAUAACCUGGCCAAAAACAGAAUUGCCAACUUACCUUUGCCAGUACGACUGUGCUCUCGCAGUUAGCCGGUGUUGUGACGAUUUAUGCUUCCUUAUCGAAAAAUGCUACCUUAAUGCAAAUUGCUAACGUCUAACCCUAACCUUAACAAUUAGCCAUGCAAAGAACUGCCAAGUAGCACAUCUCGAUAGGUAGCAAAUAUCAACAGAACACCAGCUUGUGAACAAGGAGGCCUUGCACCAAGCUGUUCUAUAGCUUUUAAACUUGUGCAAAGUGUAUGCACUCAAUCCAAAAACAUAGUAAUUAACAAUCACUGGAUAUGUGAGCAGACGUAAUACGUCUGGGUCUGUAAUCCUGUCUUGGGCUGCUUAAUCAUAUGGAUCAACGUUAUUGAUCGUUUCUUGGCAGUAGCAUUUAGGCUACGUUCAGACUACAGGCCUUGAUGCUCAAUUCCGAAUGUUUUUUUUUUUUUUUCCCAGUGUGAAAAAUCUGCAGCCCAACAGUGACCAGCAUGCGCUAAAGAAUAACACGUCACACACAGCACGCUGUCUUGUAGAAGUAAACAGAGCCACAGAGUUUAGCUCCGGUUCGCUCCGGUUAGCUCAUACUUGCUAACCCUUUUCAUUGUCCUCUCACAGGUCACAUUUCUGCUGAAUUUUGACAAGUGUUCACAACUUUCUGUCCUUGUCAUUACGGCUUAUGACGCUGUACGCAUCUGCCCCCAAACUCAUUCCCUCCCCCCUCUCUCUACUGCAGGGGUCCGCAAGUAAGUCUGGCAAUGGGCCAAAUUUUUUGUUAUCCUGCAGGCCAGAACAAAGUCAAACAAAAUGGAAGUAUCUUCUUAUCUUAUUGCGGAUAUUUUUUUUCUCCCUUGUUAAACAAAUUGAAUAAAAGGACAGUUUUGAACAUCCUCACAUAAAGCAUGUGCUGCAGUGUGUGCACUUUUGAUCCGCAUUCAUAAACCUACAGACACUUUCAUUUCCCUGAGAAAAUUUAGGGGAAUCCAAUAACACGUUUACUGACGGCUUUUUCAGGGUGUGUCAAACGCGAGUGUCUUUGAAUUGUCCUUCAGAACUCUUCAAAGUAAAAGCUCUUAAUAAACUCGACAUGAAGCAUUGCUGCAAAAUAUGUUCUUGCGCUUUUAUUUUAGAGGCACAAUCACUUAAGAGGAAGUGGUUAUGUGAGUAACUGUAGCUGUCAUGACUGAGACCCCGGUGGGUUUCAGGUGUAAGAAAGUGAAUGUGUGAGCAGAUGAUAGCAAGGUAGAGGAGGAAGAGAGCCACAUGUUUAAUAAUGGCUUCUUUGUUCACUACGGCUCCAUCUACAGCAGAGCUAUGACAACAGCUGCUCUAGAGUGACGUCAAAGUCGCAUCAUUGUAUUGUAUUGUGGGGCAAAACAAAAAAAACUGCAGUAACUUGACAGGACAGAGGAAACUCAACUUUCACCUUCUAUCAUCCAUGUUUAGACACUCUGAUUACUCUAGAUGCUUUACUAUAAAUGAAGUAUGAACCUGUGUCAGACCUCUUGGAUGUGUAGAAGAACAUUAUAUCCUGACCGAUUCUGUCUGUGAUUUAAAUAUUAAUGCUGCUGAGACUCGUGCAUAAAUCCACACAGCGUCUCUCUUAAAGGGGAGACGCUUCAACCUAUUCCAACCACCCAUUAUUCAUUGUUCAUUUUCAUGACCCGGCCUGCCUAUCCACACAUCACAUUCAAUAAAAACAUAUCAUAGUAAAAUUUCAUUAAAGGAUGCAGUUUGAACAUUUGGUCCUCUUAAAACUAAUAAACUAAUACAACUGAAUACAAAAGAACACUAGCGUCCUGCUCCCACCAUAGGUUGUAUAUUCCAGUUGCAUGCAUGCCUCUUUUAAACAUCAUGGCUGCUGAAAAGACUUGUGCAAAUACUUAUGACUGACUUAUAGCUCCUCCGGGAAGCCUCCUUGAUCCUCACUCCUCAAGGUGCAUUUUAGGAAUUGAGAUGUCCUUUAAGAUUGUGUGCUAAGAUCGAUUUCCAGGUCACAAGAAGGGGAUCGAGGAGGCCCAAAAUAGGGAAAUGAGAAAGGACGCUUGUCUCUGUGUGUGUUUUGUGGGCAUGGCUUACAAUCCUGUGUACCUGACUGAACAACCAACCUGGGCUCAAUCACAUAAUCAGCUUUCCUGGUUAAAUGCACUGCUUCCCUUGCAACACGUUGCCAGAUUAUUCCGGCACUCCUGUAGUAUUCUACUCUUGGCCAACAAAUCCUCUUGUUUGUCAUCAUUUUCCAGUGUUUUUCCUGUGCUCACUCUCCACUUCUUAGCUUACCACAAGCCACCUCAGCUAACACACCCAGACCACAACGUCACCUACCUUUCUGCCCCACUGCCUUUGCAGCCACCUCACCAACAGAUUGCUUUUUCAACUAACUAUUUUAUCUAAUCUACAUCUGUAGUGUUUUGUGUCUGAUCCUGGGUCAGCUUAAACCAACUGUAACAUAUAGUGUUCAUUUGCCAGCAUUUCACAGACUGAGAGUGGAAGAGCAUUCUGACCACCUCCAGGAAGAGUCAGGGAGUAGUAAAGAAAUCUUUUGGUCUGACUGGGAACUGGAUGCAACAUGACCUGUACCAUGUAGGUUUUAGAUCAGUGGGGUCUUCUUACUUAAGUGUUGCACAGCUAUGCCUAUUCCUGUUUCAGUAUACAGCUGUACACCAAAGGGGUGAACUUCAAAGUGCUGUGCAUACGCAGGCAUCUUGUAAAAUUUGAAAUCACAUUCCUUCAUGAUGCUUUGAGUGAGGUACAUCUCCUUGAAAAAAAUCAUGAAUUCGUUUAAUUUUUCUGACCUACAAAUUAAUUAUGCUAAGAACAUUUUUGUUCAGACCUUAAGUUAGGUUUCCUGAAAUCAUUUUAGCAACGGGUGUUUUUGUGAAGAGCUCUUGCAAUUCUCCCUCUUCUUGUAUUUCCUGCUAGUCUGUCAAUUUUUUAUUUAGUGCAGGGAGGGAAUGUACAAACUGCACUGACGUGUAAAUAUUGGCCAUUGAUUUUCUUGCUGUGAAGAGUUUGAUAUGCUGGCAAGGGUACAACGUGGAUGUUGUACAACACAUUGGUCCAUGGUUGCUUCAGAUUUUGUUGAACUGGGCUGUGGAACAAUUGUGUUGCUAUUUCUUCUAUUCACUGUAAUUGUGACCCACUUUUAUACCACUGGCAACUUUCUCCAUUGUUUUUGGUUCCAUGUCUUUCAAUGAUCGGCUUUGGCUCCAAUCUGCAACAACAUCUUUGGUUGUUCGUCUGUGUCCUCAUCUCAUACUGGGUGGAUAUUGUGAAUUAGGCUCAGACGUAUCUUCUGUCCCAUUGUCUUGAGUACAUGCCUCUCAUGUAACAUGUCUCCCUCACUCUUUUGUGCCUUUUGUCUUGCACGCUGAUGGCUUAGUCUCACAAUCAGAAAUAUUUUUUUUCCACUACCUGAGCUUCGUUCAUCUGACAUUUUUUUGUUUAUUAAUCAAAUCCCUCACUCCCUUUCAAUUUCUGGUCCAUGACCCACAGCCAAUGUUUGGUCAUGAUCUUGACCAAAUAUGGCUGUAGAGAGUUCAGACCUGAUAUCUAAGGAACAACCUGUAUCUCUGUUUGUAAUGUUAACUCUUCAUUGUUCUGACCAAAGUUUCCAUAUCACCAGCCAUUGCCCAAGUGUUUCCUUGCUUCUUUUUCUAACUCUUCUCACUGUCUUCAAAGGGAAAGGUGGACAACGGUAGAUCUUUUCAUUCAAAAUAAAUUGAACUGAAAGCUAACGUUUGCACUUGAAACAAAACAGUACUUGAAUAAAUAACUAGGAACAGAAAAUUACAUUUCCAAUGUUACACAAAUCAAAGGCACUGGUAGAACAUCCAUGAAACGAUGCACGAGCAACCGACAAACCAACACACACACACACACACGAGGGGUGAGGAUAACACAGCACAGGUGAACACAAUCAGGGCACCGAGACACGGGCAAACAAGGAACGACAGGAGGUAAAAGCAGCACCAAACACACGAGGAAGCACAAUUAUAAAGCGAAACAGAACGAAGGAGCAGAAGACAGACAACACAGAGAUGAGACAACACAGACACAGGGAAUGAACGUAAGAGGAAAGCCUACUAACAUAACCACAAGAAAUACCCGAACCAAAACACCCCAAAAAAUCAGGAGGCAAAUUUUUAAGGAAAUCCAAACGCAUGGCAGUAAAGACUGAGAAUGAUCACUGCAGGUAGAGCUUAACUGAAAGUUGCGCCUGAUUGGCUAGUGACAUAGUCAACGUUCAUUUGAUUGGUUUAAAGGCAGUGGCCAUAAAUUAACAAAAACAAGCUAAUCUGCAUAUUUACUGUAAAGAUAUCAUUUCAGGGUAAAAGACCAUUGAAUUAAGUCAUUAAAUUGGGAAGUUCUGUGGUGAUUUUAGUUAUUUUGUUAAUCCCAUUCACCAGAAUUGCCUUGCCAAAUAUAUGCAAAUUAGUACAUUUUAAUAAGGUAAAGCCUAAUUUACAUAUUAAUGUGGCGAUUGUGAUGACGUUAUUAGACACACAUUUUACAGUAUUCACAUGCAGUUUCUGCAUUAAGUAUAGCACAUUAGCCUGUAUGGCCAUGAUAUAUUGCCUUAGCUAAACUUUAGCUAACUUAUUGCAUUAGCUAAUAGCUCAUGAGUCAUGCAUUGUAGUAAGACACAAGUUAAAUAUUUGUCUUUUGGCUAAUUAGCUGUAAACUGGAGGCACUGGUAGCUUAGUCUUCCUUCAUCACCACUCACCUCCACACAAGCCAAGAAAAACAUAACUUCUGUCUGUCUGCCAGUCUGUGUGUGUGUGUGAUGUUUGCUGCAUUGCUGCAUGGAGAUGCAGAGGGAGUGAGAGAGGGAGGAAGGGCAUCAAACUCCAAAGUCUCAUCUACCGACUGUGUGUGUGUGCACACGCAAAUGUGAGAGAGCAGAGUGUUAGAAAGUGAUGGUGAAAGCUGUAAAUGUACAGUGUAGGUCACAGUCUGUUUUUUGUCUCCGGCAAAACAAAGUGAAAAAUUAUUUUAAUGGAUGGCUGUUUAGAUCUUCUGGAAAGGAAAGUGAAGAUGGUUACGGUCUGGAAGCUGAGCAGGACUGGACAGUGCGAAGUUACGUGACUACACACGUGGUGUUUCAACCCAUUCUCACUCCCCGUCUUGUCACAUUUGGAGUCAGGGUCAACACCCAUCGGCGUCAGUUUGUAACGCACUGGGGAUCCCUGUAGCAUCAGUUUUUGAUGGUAAAGGUAGGUAUGAUAUUUAACACAAAAGGUUGAGUAAGGAGGUGGUUGGGGUAGAUGGACGGCCAGAACCCGGACUUUGAACUAGGAGACCGGUGUUCGUGUCCUGUGUGAAACAAAAAGUCAACAUUAAAUAUUUUUAUUUAAGUUAAGCGAGUUACAUAAAUUGCGUAAGUUAUGGAAGUGACGUUAGUUAACUUAUGUGUUAACUGGCAAACAUAUAGUUAUUUUAACCCAAACCAUGAUCCAGGUAGUUUUGUUGACUAAACCUAACCAAGUACUUUUUGUGCCUAAACCUCACCAAAUUGCAUUGUUUCAUGACUUAUAUAAUGUGCUGUUUCAAAAUGGCCAGGGCGUUAAAAAGCAACACCAAAGGGCCUUGACCAAGCAUCAAUAUGUGAUGAGUCAGGAGUGAGAAUGUGUUGGUUUUUAAGGGGAAAGUGAACACUCACACUGGGGAAACAGUAACAGGAUUCAAAAACCGAAAAAACCGACAUUGUAAAAUUACAUCGGUUAGAGGCUCUGAAUUUUGGUUUCGAAUACUUUUCAAUUAAUCGUCGAGCCCUAGCGUGAAUACUAAAAGACCAUGGUCUCUGUUCUGCAUGUUAUGCAAGUGAAAUGGGUUUCAUAGCGUGUGGACUGCUCUUUACUGACAGGUGAGAGAGCGUCCCUCUAUUGAGCCCCCAGUUCUUAUGGACUCAUCAUUGUGAGAAGGCCUGAGCCUAUGGCUGAUGUGGCCUCCAAUGGUGGAGGCUCAUCAUCUCCCGGAGCUGGAGCCUGUACUUGUGGCCAGGCAUGUGAGGAGGAAGAGGAGCCUGCACAGCCUGGCACAAGUACCAGCACCAGAACCACCUUCUUGCACAUACAAUUAUACACUGAACAAAAUUAUAAACGCAACACUUUUGUUUUUGCCCCGAUUCAUCAUGAGCUGAACUCAAAGAUCUAAGACUUUCUCUAUGUACACAAAAGGCCUUUUCUCUCAAACACUGUUCACAAAUCUGUCUAAAUCUGUAUUGGUGAUCUCUGGAGGACUUUCCUGCAGUCAGCAUGCCAAUUCCACGCUCCACCAAAACUUGCCACUUCUGUGGCAUUGUGCUGUGUGAUAGAACUGCACAUUUUUGAGUGGCCUUUUAUUGCGGCCAGCUUAAGGCACACCUGUGCAAUACCCAUGCUGUCUGAUCAGCAUCUUGAUAUGCCACACCUGUGAGGUGGAUGGAUUAUCUCGACAAAGGAGAAGUGCUCACUAACACAGAUUUUGACAGAUUUGGGUACAAUAUUUGAUAAAUAUAAGUUUACAUGACAUUUUCAGGCAGUUGAGGAGUGUAAACAGAAUACAUUUAAAUAGGUUACAUCAAUCAAUUAGUUAUAUCAACUGAAGAGUACAAUUUUCAUAAAGAUAAAUCUCUGGUGAGCUUUAAAGACUUGACAAAGUACAAUCAAUUGUUUGACUUAAGUUGUGGGCCAGUGUUUAUUGAUGCUACUUUGUAGCGCUCUCAUGACUUUGAGCAGUGUGAUAAUCUGUGAAGCUACACUUUGCUGUUGUAUUUGUCAAUUCAUUUUGACAAUAGAUUAGCAAAAUGAUUACAGUUCAGCCAUAGAGACCAAGUCUAAAGUCAAGCUUGACUACUGACCUCUGAGCUUACUCUACAGCUGCUGCACAUUGAUAGGUGCUAUCUGCCUGUCCUGCAUAGUAUAAGCCUUACAACAAAGAUUUAUUACCGUAGUCCCACUCUCACCCUCCCCACUGGUAGAGGACUACUAUUUCUAGUCAAGGUCACACAUUCAAAAUAGCACUAUUUGUGUGUCUAUUGUCAUGCAGACGUGUGACUCCACUCUAUACUCAGUGCAUAGAAAAUAAGGAAGAUUAUAUUGUGUGUAGUUGUGAAAACUAAACAUUACAUUUCCUUCUCUCUGACUAGAGUGGCUGCCCUUCAAAAUGUUCGAAUAUGGAGAGCGUACGUGUUUAUGGUGAAAUGGAUAUGAGUGACCUAACAAGCAUUCUCUCCAUUGCAUUUGCUGACAGGACUCCACAGAUCCUCCACUUUGCCCUUUGUGCAACAUUUAGCCUGACUGAUGAAUAGAUUUAGGCUGAUAUUAGCUUAUUGCAGAUCUAUCGGUUUUGGUAUAUGUUUGAAGUGAAAAUAAACAUCAGUUUAGAAAGGUUUUAAAAACAGUUUUGCCAUUAUAUGGUGAGUAGAGCACUGACAAAUUGAUUUUUACACAUACUCAGUACACAUACUGUAUCUGGGUCACAAUUCUUUAAUAAUUUUAAUGUUUAUUCGAUUAUGUUUAAAAAGCUAAUAUGGCAGAUAAAAUGUAGCUUUUUUUAAAAUAAAAAAUACAGAGACUGCUAUCGGCAUCAAAAUCCCACCCCAUUGUCGUUCAGGCUAUACUGUACGUUCAUCCAUAUGAGACAUUGCCACACACAUUUACAAUAUAUUCAUACAACAGUGUAACAAAUGGAUAGAUUAUGUAAACUUAAUUUAACCCCAAACCAAUGUUGCGUAGAAAAUGUAGAUACUGCACUAUACUUUUGGACAAUCUUACCAGAGUGUGCAUGGAAGUUUAGUAUCUGCCAACAAAAUGUGUCUACUAUCUUUUUGUCAGUUUCAAUUACUGAACUUAAAUGUGGGAUUUAAAAGUUAACCAAGCCACAAAAAAUCUCAUGAUAUCCCCUACAGACAGCAGCUGUACUGCCAAGGCAGUUGUACUGCUAAGACAGAAAGCUUUUAUGAUGAGUAUGAUUAACUGGUGUUGCUUUGUUUUUUCUUCAUCACUACUGCAUUUUACUGCCUUGUUAUUUAUGUGGCAUAACAGCCUGAAUUACUAAUGUUUUUUUUUUUAUUAUUACAGGAGACAGGUUGGAAAAAGAAGUUCAAUUUAGCUGUAUCUAAGGCUAGCUAUGGUCAUUGUACCAGCUAGCUUUAAAUAAACAUAGUUCACUUGGCUGUCUCUGUGUGGCACUCUGAGAGUGCAGUAAGGCUGCCAGUAUGCUUCUUCAGAAGUGCUUGUCAGAUGGUCGAACAGCUUUGGAACCCCACCCCACCACCACCCCACACACACCUUUCUAAUUUUGAUUGGACGCUGUGAUUGGUCAGCUGUGUGAAGGUGCGAAGGAGCCAGGUUUGAACGUCUCCCUCUUUUUUUUAUUCUUGACACACCACUAUUUCUGUCACUAUUUUUGCGAACAACCGAGUGCAACUUUCAAUGUCUUCCAGGAUGUAACAAUAUAGAAUCUCCCACAGUCUCUGACAUCCAGCUUUUCACUCCACUCUCCAGUGUGGAUUUAUGGAACAGGUAUAAACACUUGAUUUCCGACACUGUGGGACAACAUGUCAUAGAAAGCUAGUAACCCCAAAGCGAGCAUCUCCACUUAGGUGCUGCUGUCAGUAUUACUAUUGUUGCAUGGCUUCCCUUGUUUCCUAUUUAUAGAUUGUGCUCUCUUUAUCUCCCCCUAUGUCACUCCUCCCUCUAUCACCCUUGGAUUUCACGGGAUGGGUUGAGAGCUUUUUUAGUGCCACACUCCUCCAACAAUAAAGACAGAGGCAGUUAUUGCCGGCAGUAUUUGUCCUGUGUCUGAGUGCAGCAGUGAGUGCAGUGGUGUGUCAGAGGCAGGGACGGACCAGCAGCCAUGGAUGACGUAUACAAAGCAGCGGUUGAGAACUUGACAGAGGAGCAGAAAAAUGAGUUCAAGGCGGCGUUUGACAUCUUCAUCCAGGAUGCAGAGGACGGCUGCAUCAGCACUAAAGAGUUGGGGAAGGUGAUGAGAAUGCUGGGACAGAAUCCCACCCCUGAAGAGUUACAGGAGAUGAUUGAUGAGGUGGAUGAGGAUGGCAGUGGCACAGUAGAUUUUGAUGAAUUCUUGGUUAUGAUGGUCCGCUGCAUGAAGGAGGAGAGCAAAGGAAAAUCAGAAGAAGAGUUGGCUGAACUGUUCCGCAUGUUUGACAAGAAUGGAGAUGGCUACAUAGACUUAGAAGAGCUGAAGGCCAUGCUGGAGUCCACUGGAGAGGCCAUCACAGAAGACGACAUUGAGGAGCUGAUGAAGGAUGGAGACAAAAACAAUGAUGGCAAAAUUGAUUAUGACGAGUUCCUGGAGUUCAUGAAAGGUGUUGAAUAGAGGAUCCAGCUGGAGGCGUCACACUACAGCCUCUUCACUUUCCACUGACUGCGUCAUCAUCUAAGGCCAUUCCUGAAGACAUGCCUCCACCUUUUGUCUGCUUUUAAAAAUAUAAACAACACACCUGUUCUCCGCAGACAUCUGUCAUGUCUGUUAUUCUCAAACAGCUACUCCAAGGCCCUGUUUUGCUAAGAGAUGUCAUUCACUGCAAUUAACUUUAUUUCUGAUAGUGAUGAUAAAUCAAAGUGUGAUAUAUAAAACCUAUUUUCAAUAAAAAGACUUUCAUAAUUGUA